AUGUCUCAACAAUUUUAUCUCCUUGGAGAGCCCGUCUCUUCGGCAAAGCUUCUUCCCGUGGAAAAGACCUUGGACUUUGAAGGACUGCAGUAUGUAGUCGCUGCGCAUUUUGCAAUCGUUGAAGCACAGGGCAUUGGCUUCCAAGACGAAGAAACCAUCUUCUCAGAAGUCCCCGACAUUCUCGCCUCCAAAACCCCCAUAGCUAUCACAAUCGACGGUCACGCCGUCCGCGACCCUCCAGGCCCCAAUGGCCUCCCCUACGUUGGCAACUACUUCGAAGUAUAUCCCGACCACCUAGGCAACCACCAGCGUCUGUUCGACACCUAUGGUCCAAUCUUCAAGACAACGAGCCUGGGACGGACGACCUAUCACACGAACGAUCCGCAGAUCUCUGCAAUCGCCUUCGCCGAGUCGGACUUUUUCUCCAAACAGAUCAACGAUGCGCAUCCGCUGUCCGCCCUCAAAACCCCUGCCGCGGGUAUCUUCCUGGGCGACACGGAUACAGAAGAGUGGAAGGUCACGCACAAGUUUCUGCCUCCAGCGCUUGGUCCCAAGGCCGUGCGGCACUAUGCGCCCACGAUGCAAGCGACAGUUGAAGAUGCGUGCAAAGUCUUUGACGAACUCGACGAGCAGGGCGAGGCGUGGAACGUAUACCAGUACAUGCUGAAGCUAGGCUCGCAGGCCGUUGGCAAGUUGACACUGGGAUUGGACUUUGAGCAGUUUGUGGGACCGGAUGCACCACUGCAUGAGAUGGUUGAAGCAGUUGCGGAGAUGCUCUCGUUGAAUAAAAAGGUUACGAGUAAGGGGGAUUGGUAUGCGAAGUUGCCGUUUGGAGAACCGAAGAAGUUGCAGGAGUUGAGGAAGCGGAUUGAGGAGAUGGUGGGAGAGUCGAUUCGGAAUGCUGAACGGGGUGGUGUCGAGGAUUUGCCGUUGCAGGAUGCUGCGUUGAAGGCGGCAAAUAUGGUUGACUACGCAAUCCGCGCAACCGACAACAAAGGCGAAAAACUCCCCAAAACCAGCCUCAUCUGGUCCCUCGUCGUCGCCACCGCUGCCGGCUUCACAACAACCUCCUCCCUCCUCUCCUGGCUAAUCUACGGCCUCUGUACAUACCCCGGCAUGCAAGAACGUCUCCUCCAAGAACUAAUCGACAACGACAUCGAUGACACCACCCAAAUUACAGCAGACGUCACCGACCGCCUCUCCUUCCUCGACAAAUACAUCAAGGAGACCCAACGCCGCCACAACCCCUCCUUCCAACCCGGCCGCACCGCACAACUCGACCUGAUCCUCCCGGGUGGCUACAAAAUCCCCAAAGGUGCAGUCAUAAUCGCAGCCUUGCACCACAUCCACAAUAACCCGGCUCUGUGGGAGAAUCCUGCGCGCUUUGAUCCCGAUCGGUGGGAUACGGAUGCUGUGAAGAAUAGACACCGUGCGGCUUAUGUGCCGUUUGCGACGGGGCAGCGCAUGUGUAUUGGGUUUAAUUUUGCGUUGCAGGAGAUUAAGGUGUUUCUGCCCAAGCUGGUGUAUCGGUAUGAAUUCCGGAGGGAGGGAGAUGGCACGAUUGAGUAUGAUCCGAUGUUUCAGUUGAUUAGACCGAAUAAUUUGUAUGUCAGGGCUGAGAGGAGGACUAAAUGGCCUGCUAAGUCUGUUUGA